UUGCUUUGACCUGAGCUUCAGGGAAUCUCUGAUCCUUUCAUCAUGGAACAUUCUAAAUGUUUGGCUACGUAAGUGCUGCUAAUAAAAUUGAUCUCAUAACACAUCCUGCAAGUUAUCCAGAGAGGUGAACCGUCUUCAACCACUGUGAUACAGUCUAAGACAGAAAUGGAAGCUACUAAACUGAGAGAAAGUCGUCCCUCCGAACUCCCCAGCGAAUAUAAAUUCCUGAAAGUUCUGGGAGAGGGCGUCUUUGGAAAGGUGGUGAAAUGUGUGAACAAGGAGACCCGAGAGAUUGUGGCGAUCAAGAUGCCUAAAAGCUUGGAUAACAGUACCGAGAAUGAGAUCCCCGUGCUGAGAAAGAUCAAGCGCCACAACCUUGACAAAUACAACAUUGUCAAGUACAUCGACUGUUUUAAGACCUGUUUUGGAAAGGCGCUUGUGUUUGAGCCACUGGAUAUAAGCCUAUAUCACUACAUCAAGAAGACAAAUUCUACCCCCAUGCUUCUGCACGACAUCAGAACCAUCAUCCGACAGAUGGCCACAGCACUUAAUGUGCUGAAGGGGAUCGAGGUGAUCCACACCGAUCUCAAACUGGACAACAUAAUGCUGGUGGAUCACCAACGACGACCCUUUAAAGUAAAGCUGAUAGACUUCGGUCUGGCCAUUUCCAGAUCAGAGGUCAGGAGGGGCAGCAUUCUGCAGCCACGAGCUUUUAGGUCUCCGGAAAUUAUUCUGGGCUGUCACUUUUCUGAGGCCAUUGAUAUGUGGACCCUGGGCUGUGCGAUGUUCGAGAUGAUCUGCGGCCAUCACCCGUUCGCAGGAGACAAUCAAAAUGAAAUAUUGCUGAGCAUUGUUCAACUGCUGGGUCAGCCAGCCAACCGUGUUCUUGAAAAUGGUCGACGGACGAAGAGUUUCUUCUACAUCAAUGAUGACAAAGUGUGGGCGAUCAAGACUGGUAUUGAAGCCAAAAAGUGCCACGAGUUCAAAUCUCUGGAUGAUCUGAAAGGAAUGCGUCUGGAGAAGAAUAACAAAACUGAGGCAGUGGAGAGAGAGCAGUGUGUCGAGCUCCUGAAGGCAAUGCUGAAAGUUAACGCAGAUGAGAGGAUCACUCCCCGUGAAGUCCUCACUCAUCCAUUUAUCACCAAAAAUUACCCCAGCAAUAGCGUUUUGGCACCAGCAUCCCGUCCAUCCAGUCCAACCGGUACAUCUGGUCCAUCUGGUCCAUCUGGUCCAUCCAGUCCAUCCGGUCCAUCCAGUCCAUCCAGUUCAUCCAGUCCAUCCAGUCCACCCGGUCCAUCCAGUCCAUCACCUGAGAAACCCAGAGCCGAGAACACAACACUGCUGGACGAUCAGGAGGGUACAGUUAGUGAGCCUCCUGCUGCUCCUCUGAAGGAUGGAGACAGCAGUAACCUCCAACUGGACAACUGCACUCCUGCUGCUGAAAAUCUGCCACCAGGUGUGAUCCUGGUUCCACUUGCGACAGCCGAGAACACAACACUGCUGGACGAUCAGGAGGGUACAGUCAGUGAGACUGCUGCUGCUCCUCUGAAGGAUGAAGACAGCAGUAACAUCCAACGAGAUGACUGCACUGCAUCUGCUAGAAAUCUGCUAUCAGGUGUGAUCCUGGUUCGACGUGCGACAGCCGAGACCACAUCACUGCUGGACGAUCAGGAGAGUACAGUUAGUGAGCCUCCUGCUGCUCCUCUGAAGGAUGAAGACAGCAGUAACAUCCAACGAGAUGACUGCACUGCAUCUGCUAGAAAUCUGCUAUCAGGUGUGAUCCUGGUUCGACGUGCGACAGCCGAGAACACGACACUGCUGGACGAUCAGGAGAGUACAGUUAGUGAGCCUCCUGCUGCUGCUCCUCUGAAGGAUGAAGACUGCAGUAACAUCCAAUCGGACAACUGCUCUCCUGCUGAAAAUCUGCCAUCAGGUGUGAUCCUGGUUCGACCUGCGACAGCCGAGAACACGACGUUGCUGGAAGAUCAGGAGAGUACAGUUAGUUUUCAGUCUGGACUGAACAAGACAGAGUCAGAGUCCACAGUGAGAAACACCAACAGUAACACGAAGACGUCUGAGGACUCAGCCACAUGUGAAGACACCGAGCCAAAGAAGAAGGGGAAGAAGAAGAAAAGAGGCAUUUUCUCUUGGUUGAGGAAGAUUUUCAGCUGCUGUGUUUCUCUCCAUUCAUUAGGGAUGUGUGAAGACAGUUCUGUGUAGGGUUUUCAUGGCAUAGAUUUUCAGGGCUUUUGGGGAGUUUUGCAAUCAAAAUUGUCAUCUUUUGUUCAUUCUCCCCAUUUGUGGUUUUCUCCGGGCGCUCCGGGUUUUUCCAACAAACAUAAAGUAUGUUUUAAAAAAUAUAUAUAUGCAGGGACAGAUCUGACGAAAAAAGCCCUCAUAUUGCCUGAAUGCCCCAUAAGAAAAAAGCAGCACAUUCACUCCCAUCAGUGUCCAGACUGACAUGGCCGACAUGAAUGACAUGAAUGUGAGCCUCCUGCCGCUCCUCUGGAGGAUGAAGGCAGCAUUAACACCCAACAAGACGACUGCACUGCAUCUCCCACAAUUCUACCAUCGGAUGUGAUCACGUCAAUUUGUUCCACAGGAGCCACCGGAAUCAACAAGAAUGGAAAGUUCCUUGUUGCAGCUUUAAGAUGCGAUGACAAUAACAGAAAUGACACUCCUGUUACUGUCAUCGCAUCUUGUGUUUGUUUAUUUUCCAGUCAGGUCUGAACAAGACGUCAGAGUCUUCAGUGAGCAACACAGUAACACAAAGUCAUCAGGCUCAACCACAUGUGAAGACACCAGCGUAUAGAAGAAGAGGAAGAAGAGGAAGAAGACCCUUCAGACCUGUCUUCUCUUGGUUGAGGAAGACUUCAGGCUGCUGUGUUUCCUGUGCUGAUGAGGAUCAGGGACGUGUGAAGUGAAGUUCUGUGUCGGGUUUCUUUAGCAUGUUUUUCUGGGAUUCAUUAUCCGGUUUCCUCCCACACUCAAUUAGACAAUAAACAAUUAGAUUGGAUUUUAA